AUGGCACCUCGCGGUUGCAACACGGAUACCCCCCUCGCUGGAAGGGAGAGCAGGGACGCACCGGAGAGUGCCUCCCUCAGAAGGGAAGACUGGAAGGGCAGGAGGAUGGGCGUACGCCUUAGCUUUGCAAUUCUGGGUCUGCUGAUCGUGUUGCUGGUGGGAUUAAUGUUCCUCUUGGUGCAGCAGGAAAAGGGCCUAAACGAGCAGCCGCUUAGCACCAAAGAGGUAUGCGCCAAAUGGCGUGAGAGAAAACUAGCGGCGUCCUCUCGCAGAAGACCAAUAAACGAUGAAGAUGAUGAAGACGAAGAAGACGAGGUGAUUGCCAGUACGAGCAGCGGUAGUAGUAACGGAAGACACGGCCAUGGAGGUAAUAUGGCGGACCAGUUUAGAAUGAAUAAUGGCAAAGCAGAAAAUACCAAAAAUGAAAAUGCAAUUGAUUAUGUGCAUAAUGAUAUAGAAGACACAUAUGAGCUACCGGAUUAUGAUGCCAUAAAGGAAAAUGAAAGGAGAAGAAAGGAAGAGUAUGACAGCAGUUCCUACGAAAUGAAUGAAAAUGAAUUUUUAAGAAGUAUUACGGAGGAUGAAGUUAACGAAAGGAUAAAAAGGUUAGGAAACUACGUAGAUGUUAAGGAGAUGUUUAUCAUUUGGAACUACGUCAAUGGGUUCGAGAGGACCAAAUAUAUUAAUAUGCAAAAAAAUAUUAUUGAAUAUUGUGAAAAUCUUGCAUCUACAUAUAACGUUUCUAGAAAGACAAAGGCCGAGCAGUGGGUGAAAGUCUACUACUAUAUGAAGGAUGAGCUGUUUUAUAAGGAGAGGAAAUUUUAUAAAAAAUUAUAUAACUUUCUGGAGCACGGGGCCAGCUCGAAGAAGCUCUUCGUGGAAUUCAUUAACCAGACGAAGCUCUCCUGGAGGAACUUCCGCAGGGGCGUCAACGCCGUUUGCAUGGAGAUGCUCAACUCGACCAUGACGGGGUUUUGA